AGUCAGACAACUGCAGGUAAGCAACCAUAAUAUAGAUGUAUACAUAUAUAUAUAUGUAUAUACAAAAGCUGUUAGAGAUCUAUAUAUUAGUAUAUAUAUAUAUGUAUUGAAAUGUUUCAUUCCGUUGAUAAAUUAACGGAAACUUUUCAACUUUCAAAUCUUGAUUAUCAGAAUUUUUGAGAAAUGACUUUAAUAAUCUACUUAAGUUAUAAUAAAUAUUUCUUGCAGAGUCAACUUUUAUUAAAUUUUUAUUUGUUUCAGGAUAAAGUUUUUUAGGAUAAAUUAUGGCUUACAAUCCUCAUAAUCCGCCAGCCUAUCCUCCAAAUCAAGGAUAUCCUCCUCCUCAAAAUUAUCCUCCACAAUAUGGUCAAGGUUACGCCCCCCAAGCCCCACCAUCACAAGUUAUCCAUGAACACCAUACCGUUUACCAUCAUGGAGGACAGCAACAGCAACAACCGACAACAGUAGUCGUUGUUGAUGAUGGAGCUGCUCAGAGAGCGGCACAAGCGCAGGCUGAUUCAGAUGCUUGUUGUUGUUUUGCUUGUAUUUGGACAUACAUUUGCUGUUGUUUAGUCGAUUAA